AUGCCUAAUAUCGAACCGGACAAGAUCACCCCCGAAAACGUUGCCGAGCUUCUUAGAGAUGAUGCCGCCGUCAAAGUCGCGGGCCUCGACGUGGAUGGCAUGCUCCGCGGCAAGCUCAUGGCCAAGAAAAAGUUCCUAUCUGUCGUUCACACUGGAUUCGGGUUUUGCAGCGUCCUUUUUGGAUGGGACAUGCACGAUCAGACCUACAGGAGGGAGCUGGGAAUCAGCAACAAAGAGAAUGGAUACCACGACAUAAUAGCCAAGGUAGACUUAGCGAGCUUUAGGAGAAUUCCUUGGGAGAAUGAUGUGCCUUUCUUCCUGGUGAGUUUCUUCGACCCGGAUACUGAGGAGAGCUUGAGCGCAUGUCCAAGGAGCGUGUUGAAACGGGCGGUGGAUAAGCUGGCGGGUGCGAAUAUGAGUGCUAUGGCAGGAGAAGCAUCGGUUGCGUCAUCCGGGAUGUCGCAGGAUCCCCCUCCACAAGCCAUGGCUUUCCUGCGUGACAACCCGCCUUGGAAGCUACCUGCCAUGACGGAGGGAAUGUUCGGAUAUAGCAUUUCGAGACCAACCCAUAAUAAAGACUACUAUUACGAGACCUUCAAAACUUGCGACCAGUUCCGAUGCCCCAUUGAGGGCUGGCACACGGAGAGCGGGCCAGGUGUAUUCGAGGCGGCACUCUGUUUCACGGAGAUCUGUGAAAUGGCCGACCGAGCCGCACUUUUCAAGUACACGGUCAAGUCUCUUGGAACCAAAUACGGCGUUCUCCCCUGCUUCAUGGCCAAACCACGAGCCAACCUCCCGGGCAACUCCGGCCACAUGCACAUCUCCCUCGUAUCCGCCAGUUCACCAUCUAUGAAUCUCUUCGUCCGCGAUUCCCCUGACCCGAACCCUCCCUACCCCGACCUCGUCUACCUCAGCGACACCGGCCGGCAAUUCCUCGCCGGCGUGCUUCAGGCCCUCCCCGAGAUCAUGCCACUUUUCGCUCCCACGGUGAAUAGCUACAAACGGUUGGUGGAGAACUUCUGGGCCCCGGUGAGCGUGUCGUGGGGACUGGAACAUCGCGCCGCCUCGGUGCGAGUCAUAACGCCCCCAUCCUGCUCUCCGAAGGCAACGCGGUUGGAGAUCCGAACGCCGGGUGCGGAUACUAAUCCAUAUUUCGCUCUGGCGGCCAUCCUCGCGGCGGGCUAUCGAGGCAUCGAAAAAAAAUUGGAUAUUGCGAACGCGGAAGGCGUCCCGCCGCCCCUGAGCAGGGGAGAUGGGAUGGGAGGUGAGGCGGAUCGGGGUGAGAGGUUGGCGAAGGGGCUGGGUGAGGCGACGAGACGGUUCAAAGAAGGCAAAAUUGCAAGGGAGCUGUUUGGCGAUCAGUUCGUCGAGCAUUUUGCUGGGACGAGAGAACAUGAGUGGAGACUAUGGGAGGAGGCGGUUACGGAUUGGGAGUUCCAACGAUAUGUUGAGACGGUCUAA